GCGGGGACCGGCGGGCAGAGCGCGCCCCGCGCCCGCGCCCACCUCGCCGCCUUUGCGCUCCGCAGCGGCGCGCCUCGCCCGGCGCCCCCGCCGGUCCUGCCGGAAGAUGGUCAACGACCGCUGGAAGACCAUGGGCGGCGCUUCCCAACUUGAGGACCGGCCGCGCGACAAGCCGCAGCGGCCGAGCUGCGGCUACGUGCUGUGCUCCGUGCUGCUGUCCCUGGCCGUGCUGCUGGCCGUGGCCGUCACCGGUGCCGUGCUCUUCCUGAACCACGCCCACGCGCCGGGCACGGCGCCCCCGCCGGUCGUCAGCACCGGGCCGGCUGGCGCCAACAGCGCCCUGGUCACCGUGGAGAGGGCCGACAGCUCGCGCCUCAGCAUCCUCAUCGACCCGCGCUGCCCGGACCCGGCCGACGGCUUCGCCCGCCUGGAGGCCGCCCAGGCCUCCGUGCUGCAGGCGCUGGCCGCGCACCAGGCCCAGGCGCGGCGGCCGGGCGAGCAGGAGCAGGAGCUGCUGGACACGCUGGCCGACCAGCUGCCCCAGCUGCUGGCCCGGGCCUCGGAGCUGCAGGCGGAGUGCGCCGGGCUGCGGAAGGGACACAGCUCGCUGGGCCAGGGGCUGAGCGCCCUGCAGAGUGAGCAGGGCCGCCUCCUCCAGCUUCUCUCCGAGAGCCAAGGCCACAUGGCUCACCUGGUGAACUCCGUCAGUGACGUCCUGGACGCCCUGCAGAGGGACCGGGGGCUGGGCCGGCCCCGAGUCAAGGCUGACCUCCAGAGGGCACCUGCCCGGGGAGCCCGGCCCCGGGGCUGUGCCAGCGGCGCGCGGCCCCGGGACUGCCUGGACGUCCUCCUGAGCGGACAGCAAGAGGACGGCGUGUACUCCGUCUUCCCCACCCACUACCCCGCCGGCUUCCAGGUCUACUGCGACAUGCGCACGGACGGUGGCGGCUGGACGGUGUUCCAGCGCCGGGAGGACGGCUCCGUGAACUUCUUCCGGGGCUGGGAGGCGUACCGCGACGGCUUCGGCAAGCUCACGGGGGAGCACUGGCUAGGACUGAAGAGGAUCCACGCGCUGACCACGCAGGCCGCCUAUGAGCUACAUGUGGACCUGGAGGACUUUGACAACGGCACGGCCUAUGCCCGCUACGGGAGCUUUGGCGUGGGGUUGUUCUCCGUGGACCCGGAGGAAGACGGGUACCCGCUCACCGUGGCUGACUACUCGGGCACUGCAGGUGACUCCCUCCUGAAGCACAGUGGCAUGAGGUUCACCACCAAGGACCGUGACAGCGACCACUCGGAGAACAACUGCGCCGCCUUCUACCGUGGAGCCUGGUGGUACCGCAACUGCCACACGUCAAACCUCAACGGGCAAUACCUGCGAGGUGCACACGCCUCCUAUGCCGACGGCGUGGAGUGGUCCUCCUGGACCGGCUGGCAGUACUCACUCAAGUUCUCUGAGAUGAAGAUCCGGCCGGUCCGGGAGGACCACUAGGCCGGCGCCUCGCCCAGCUGCUUGCUGUCUGGCCCCGCCCCUGCCCCAUGCCUCCAUGCCCGUCCCCAGCCCCUCCCGAGAGAACAGUCUCUGCCCCCCGUGCCUGGCAGACUGCUCUCCGGUGGGGAUGGGCCAGGACGGCCCAGACACCAGUGUCGCUGGGCAAGUGAGGUCACACACCACCUUCUCAUUGUCCCCACCCCUCCAUUUGGCAGCGAACGUCUCCUCCUGCCUCUGCUGAUGGCGUCUGGCAAAUUCUGUGACCCCAAAUUUUACCUGCCCAGACUGGCUCCUCUGCUAAGCGUCUGCCGCCUCCUGGCCAGGACGGUGGGGUCUGCCCCGCCCUGGCUCUGGAAGGUGCCAAAGGUCGCCCCUCUGCUUUGCCAGCCCAGGCACCUGCCAUCACGGGGACGCCGAGAGCCGGGUUCAGGGGGACGCUCUCGCGUUCCUGAUGCCAGGUCUGAGGCCAGUGUCCUCCAGCCCUGCUGCUGCCAGCCCCCACCGCGUGUCCUGGGUGCCCGGAGGACGCACCUCUCCCCAAAGGGCCUCACCGUGCUGCUCUCCACCCGUGGCGGUGGCCUGGGGGUCCCCAGCCCCCUUUGCUGCUGUGCCCACCUGCUGUCUCCAAUAAGGUCUCGCUCCGCUCCUGCCCAGCCUCCUGCCUUCCGCCUCCGGGGAGCCGGAGCCCCGUGCCAUGCCCCCCGCCAUGCCCCCCGCCUCUGGGAGGUGGCGGCAGACCCUGCACCGCUGGGCCGGGCCAGGCCAACGAGGACCUCUUGGUUUUCUGGGAUCCUGGGUGGAGGCGGCUGGGGGUUUGGUGGCUGUCACCGGAUCCUCCCAGAGGCUGCUGUGUCCGCGAGGAGCCCGCCCCCUGCUGGCGGGUGUGGGCACCACCACCUGGACCGAUUUCGCCCGGUGGGGCACUGAGGCACCAGGCCAAGCACCCCCCAGACAGACCGCCUAACACGCGGUUAUCCCACCCCCCACCCCUACCCCCUUGCACACACAGCUGGGAACCGCAGGCGCCAGAACCUGGAACCCCAGCCCUCAGUGACCUGUCCGGCAGCCUUGGGCCCUCGUGCGCUCUUGGGACCAGGGCAGGCCUGUUUUCCCAAGUUCCCGCCUGUGGGGGCCUCUGAGAGGCCGGGAGUCAGCCUGGGGAGCUGUGGACGGGACAGGUUGGCCCCCACCUGCCUCCAGGCAGUAGGGCGGGCACGUCUUGAUGGGGGUUCAGUCCUCUCUUCCCAUCCCACCAAAGUUUGUGCUUAAAAAAUAAUAAAUCAGAGUUGCCAGGGGCGGUAGGAAGGGCCAAGUGCCUCUGGCUGGCCGUGUGACCUGGCUGUCCCCGCUGGCGUCACCUGCUCCUCGGCAUCCAGCAGGUGUUUGCAGCACUCCGGUCUGCCAAGGCCAAGUCGGCCCUGGGCGCUGGACAAGACGGCCGCUGCCGCUUAGUAGCCAGCCACAAGCAGAGCCGGCCAAGAAACGGCGAUUACAGCCCAGCGUGACCAGGGCGGUGACAGGGAGCAGUCCAGGUGCAGGCAGGGCGGGAGGUGUGGAUGCCAUGAGCCCACGAGAUUUGAGGGGAGUCCCCUCCCCUGGCCCCUCUUCCCACCCCCCGCAGCCCAGGGAGCUGGCCCAGGGGCGCCCCGAGCUUGUCCCAGGGAGGCCCGCUGGCCCCAGGCUGGAGCUGCCAGCCUGGCGUGCCAGCCGCUGUUUAGAAAGUGCCAGGCGCCUUCUGAUGUGUCAUCAAACAGACUCCGGUGAGUGUGAUGUUAAUGGGUUCGCAGAUGUGCGCGUGUGGCAGGAAGUGGAGCCCUGGUGCCAGGGCCUGGCUGCCGCCCAACGCGGAGCAGCUUGGGCUGGCGCGGGGCCGGGGACAGGUGAGGGCGGCCCCAGGAGCCUCUGGUCCAGGUCCAGGCAGCACGUGUCCCCAGCAGCUGGCCCCGUGGGAGACACUGUCCCUUAUAGAGCCCCAGUUACUGCCCUCGAGCCUCUUGCAGGCCCUGCCAGGCGCUGGCCCAGUGGGCACCACGCCGACACAGGGACAGCCCGGCCAGUGCGUCCGCCCCGCCGUCCGGAUGGACGUGCUUUGAGGGUUGGCACUGAGCAGGAACGGUCCCUGCACACCCCCUCACAGCCCAUGGUCUGACGUCACCGAGAUGGGAGUGACCACAGGAAGAGGAGCAGAGGGCUGAGCCCGUGUGGGGGAGGGGCGGCUCCACUGAGGCUUGAGGGAAGAGUGACCAGGCCGAGGGUCACUCGUGUGACAGGGUCACACAGGACCCACAGUCACUGCACUCAGACCCUGCCCCGCCGGGCCUGCCUGUGGCCCUGUCCCACGUGUCACCUGCCCAACCCCCUCUCCCUGUUCCCUUGACGAGGACAGCGGGGUGGGGAGGGGUCUGCGGGUGGCGUCCUCCAGCAGCCGCCUGGCCACACGCACAGGCGGGCAGGUUCCGUGUCAGCCGUGGCCGCGUUUCCCGCCCCUCGCACCAUGCAUAUGUCUCCCCAUUAAACCAGAGGCCACCAGCCGGUUUCCUGAGCCCCGAGUCCAGAAGGUGGAGGGACCCUCGGUUUCUCCCCUAGUGGCCUCAGCACACUCGGCCGGGGGCCGGGAGCCGAGCGCAGCUCGCAGAGGGCGUUUCCCUGCGGCCGCGUGUUAUAGGUUUUAUAGCGUUUGUCUUCGGGGCAGAAGUGACAUCGCCGGUGCCCACCUACUCCUGGUCUCCAACCCUUGCUGCCACCUGCCCAAGGCCAGAGCCGCAGAGGCCCUGUCACCCAAGAGCGCAGAUGUGGGGGGUCGGUGGGAUGUGUCAGCACGAACUGCACCUGCUAAACCAAGGGCGCUGGCCCCACGCAGGGGAGGGGCAGGGGGAGCCGUAUGUGUGACAUGGGACGUGAGCAAGGCCCUGGGCCAGCUGCAGGUCCCUGUCCUGUGGCUUCAGGAACAACACACCAGCAGGAGGACCCAGCAGGGGACUUGCAGAGCCCAGAACAAGGAGACAAGUGACCGGGCCUUCCCAGGGCUCUGUUUCUUCUGCUUGCAAGAGCAGCUUGUCCUUAAACUCUGACUGGCCCAGGCAGCUGGCAGGACUCGGCAAACCCAGAGGGCUGCGUCGUUGCCAGGGGCGUCCUCGGGAUCUGGGGGUACGUGGGGAGGGAGCUGUAUGGGCCAGCACAGCUGCCACGGGUGAGGCGUGGCGUAGGACAGUCGCUAGGCAAGGUGUGUGCACUUGGCGUCAUGUGUGUUCUGUCUCCAAUAAAGUCUCGUGGUGACCCAGCUCCGCCUCUGCCUCUAACCUAGCUGCGUGCCCCCCCCAGCCCCCGUCUCAGGGCACGAGUGGGUCGGACCCCCGACGUGCCAGGACCACAUCUCACCGUCUCCCCGGAACUGCCCCAUCCUUUUAGUCAGAGCAGCCGAAUUCCUAGGCAGCCUGGGAGCCCUGGAGACGGCACGGCCCCGGCCGUCGCGAAGAGGGGGGGCCUGGCCGGGGCCUGGCCGGGGCCUGGCCGGCAGCCGGGGGAUCCUCUCGGCCUUGGGUUCGGGAUGGAUCUGGGGUUCCCCAGCCGUGCUGCCCCCAGGACCCCGGUGAUAAACCGCCCGUGCCGGGCUCUCUUGCGGCUGCGGCUGGAGUGCCGAGGAAUCGAGACUCUUUAUUAAGAACUAACAGUCCCCAACGGCUAUUUAUUCUUAAAACCAAUUUGAGGCUUACGGAUAAAACAAUCCCUUGAGUUUAUUUAAUAAAAUCCAGUAUUUAUCUAGUGUCUGCGGGCUGGUGGAAGAGCCCGCGGUGGCUGUGCUCUGCACUUGGCCUGUCCCGCAGCCGCGGGGGCGGCUGGAGAGGGGCUCGCACUCGCGUGGGGCAGAGGCCGCCGAGUCGGCCGGGAGUCGGCCGGCGGAGCACGGAGCCCACUGUCCGGCCCCCUCGCCCGGGC